AUGGCAUCAAGCACAUCCCUUCCAAAACUUCGACAGCUUUCCGCCACCAUCGAGCUCGCGGUGGCCAAGAUCCAGGAAGCAUUGGAUGCUCAAGGUAUCCCGUCCCCUUCCUUUGAUGAGGAUGCGCCGCCUCUGCCCUCGGACAUUGGGGAGGCUCGGGAUGUGGUUCUCGAUGCCACAGCAGAGCUCCAGGACCUGCUCACGGAGCCCCUGAAUAUGAUCCACCGUGCUUCCAGAAGCGACAAAUCAGCAUGUAUCCAAGUCAUAUCCCGCUUUGGCAUCGCCAGCCUGGUACCCCCUGGCGGUCGGUUGUCCUUCCGUGACAUCGCCGCGCAGACGCCGUUGACGGAGCAGAUGGUGGGCCGCAUCGUCCGGCACGCUGCAACGAUGCGUAUCUUUUACGAGCCUGAACCUGGAAUGGUUGCCCAUACGAAGGCGUCCAAGUUACUAGCUAGCGAGGAUAUGAGGGACUGGGCGCGAGCCGGAACCGAGGAGUUAGGUUCUGCGGCGGGAAAGCUGGCGCAUGCUCUUGAACGCUGGCCCGGGUCCGAAGAGCCAAAUGAGACGGGUUUUUCCAUCGCAAAUGACACGACAGACUCCAUCUACCAAGUCAUUGCCAAAAGUCCUGAGCGAGCCGUCCGGUUCGCAAACGCAAUGAAAGUCAUGACAGGAAGACCGGAGUUCGACCUAUCCUACGCCCUCGACCACUACGAUUGGGCGUCUCUAGGCAACGCUCAAAUCGUCGAUGUUGGCGGAGCCAAGGGCCACUUCUCGCUCGCGCUGGCCAAACAAUACAGCAAUUUGCAGAUUGUUGUGCAGGAUAUGGGAUUCGUGAUUCAGGACGCUGACGCUGGGGAUUUGGGCGAGAGAGUCCGGUUUAUGGCCCAUGACUUGUUUGAGCAGCAAACCGUGUCCGCUGACGUGUUUUUUUUCCGGUGGAUAUUCCACAACUGGCCCGACAAGUACUGCAUCCGGAUUCUGAGAGCACAAAUACCCAUGUUGAAAGCUGGGGUGAAGCUCAUCGUACAGGAGGCCGUCAUGCCUGAGACAGGGACGGUGGCCCAGUGGAAGGAGAAGGACUUUAGAUCGAUGGACCUCGAAAUGGCCUUCACCUUCAAUGCUCGAGAACGGACCCUGGCGGACUGGGAGGCCCUCUUCAAGGAAGCCGACCCUGCAUUCGUGCUCAAUAGUGUGGUUGAGCCGGAAGGGUCGGCCAUGUCAAUCCUAGAGUUUGUAUGGGAGGUAAAGAGUGCGUAG